AUGGCGUACCACCACGCCCACAUCCUCGACGCUGCUAUUCAAGAAUCUCAGCCAGCGAUAUCCAGCGACUUGAUCAAGUGUAUAAAGGCCAAGCUGGACCGCCGCAUCACCAAGCUGGACCCGGCCGAAAAGACAGGCUGGAUCCGUUACGCCAGUGCUGUUGCGUUGGAAGCACAGCUCUCGUUUGACCAGGAUUCGGCGCUGGAUAUCUACCCUCUUCGCAAUCACCUCGGCUGGUUCGAUCAGUGA